AUGACUGAAAACCCAUUCAUUCGUAGUGCGGCAAUCCUGACUGAACAUCUAGGAUACGUGCCGAUUGCGCUGGUGGACGACGUUAUUAACGCUGCAAAUGAGAUUUUAUAUAAAUGCACAGCAGCCUUGGACCAGUUUCUAGCAAGCAGAUACCCCACUGGGCAUUUACGCGUCGAAGAAAGUGACCGUGCGCGUCUACUCAAACGCAGACGACUUAACAACAGUAAUUUUUCUUCACCAUCUCAAUCACGAGAUUUAUCGUCUUCUGAAAUUGAGGUUCGUGACGCGUUGGACGACGAAGAAAAUGGAGAAAUUGACAUUGCGGCGGAAAUGGAGCUAGGAACAGCCAAAUUCGAAACAUUGUUUGAAAGUAUAGUCGAUAAAUGUUUUGACAAGUACGAACUAUACUUGCUGCGAAAUUUACUUAUAAUUCCAGGAGAACUCAUUGAAGGCGGCUGGAUCCGUCUGGCCCACCACCGUGGCAUUGAUUUUACAUUACCCCCACUUGUUCAAACACAACAAAAGCAAGCCAUAGUCAAACCACGGGCUGCAACAACGCGUGGAAGUACCACAGUUGAAAUUGAAGACACCCCUAAUGUUGAAAAUAUACCCGAGCCUUCACCUCUACUGAAGGCUUCCAAAGGUCCCCAAUUACCUUCUUCCUUUUCUUCUUCUUCUUCUUCUUCUUCUUCGUCUCCAAAUAAAUCCUCGGUAGAAACAUCUUCCUCAGACACUGCGCUGGCCGCAAAUUCGUCUGAAGAAACGUCACUGGACUCAUCUGGACUUGGUGUUGAAAACGAUGCAGAUGCGCUGUACUCGCAAAUAGCAGAUCUACAGCGCCAACUUAUUUUUGAACACACGUUAUCGCGUCUCAUUGCUGUGCAGAAUGCACGCACGUCUACCCUAAUUUCUGAGGUUCUGGAGCCUACAAAAGCGCGGUGCCGUGCAGUGUUAGAGUUUAAAGCUGACCUGGGAAAUGAAAGUUUUGCAGAAACGCAAGAUGGUAGCAACGGUGACAUGAGUGGGCUGACAACUGAAGAAGUAGCAGCAGCAUAUCGGGAGAUUUUACCGCUGGAAGAUACGGUUGCAUUUUUAGGAGAGCGCGUGCGCGCGUUGCUGGCCGACACUGCGCGUGCUCAAACAUUGUUGCACGAAAAUGGUGGGACUCAAGAUGAUGAUGGUGAGGAGGAGGUGUCAUCGCCGCCGGAGCAUUUUUCAGUGAAUCAGAGUCUUGCCAAGUACGAGGCAGCGUUAUUUAUUGACACGUUUGUGCAAAAAGUCGUUCAGGAAACGGGGUUAUCCAAGUAA